AUGGCAACAAAUGCAGAAGAAGCUAAACCAACAGAUGCAAUGUCGGCGCCAACAAACGUAGCAAAAAACGGAUCAACAGCAACAGCAACGCCACCAACGACAGCUUUACCGGCAGCAGCAACAGUAGCAGCAGCAGCAACAGUAACAGCAGCAGCAACAGUAACAGAACCGACAUUAGGGUCGCCGAAGGUUUCAAAUGUCCAUUGGCGCAUUGAGGCGAUGGCCUUCGUUGCGGCCAUCCCGUUGUUUGCUAUCAAUAUACGGCGAAUAGGCCGAGUGCCUCUGCAGCAGAAACAGCAGCAGCAGCAGCAGCAGGGACAGUUGCAGCAGCAGCAGCAACAGUAG